UGUUUUAUUCUCAGAGUGAACGUGUGUGUGCGGCUUCGCUAGUGAGCGGUGUAAUGAUAAAAGCCGCAUUUGCAGUAUACUCGCUGCACUUCAUAUCAAAAGGAAAAUCAAACCCACGCCUUAUUUCUACCUCCACUGCCUGAACAUAGCCAUCAUUUUGGACAGAACGCUUAAGCAUCAGCAGUACCAUGUCCAGGUCAUCGGGGGGCGGAGUGAAUGAUGUCACGCGCUUCCUGUCCACGGGCACCAUGGUGCCGCCCUCGCCCACUGCUGCUUUCUCCGCUUCCAGCCAAGCUGAUUGGGCGGCCAAGCGGCUGGUGUGGGUCCCAUCCGAGAAACACGGCUUCGAGUCUGCGAGUAUCCGUGAGGAGCGCGGCGAUGAGGUGGAGGUGGAGCUGACGGAGAGCAGCAGGAAGUUGGUGCUGUCACGGGAGGAAGUGCAGCGCAUGAACCCCCCGCGCUUCAGCAAGGUGGAGGACAUGGCCGACCUCACCUGCCUCAACGAGGCGUCCGUCCUGCACAACCUCACCGAGAGAUACUACUCAGGACUCAUCUACACAUACUCCGGGCUCUUCUGCGUGGUCAUCAACCCUUAUAAGAACCUGCCUGUCUACACAGAGUCCAUCGUCGAGAUGUACCGGGGCAAAAAACGCCACGAGAUGCCCCCCCACAUCUACGCCAUCUCUGAGGCUGCCUACAGAAGCAUGCUGCAAGACAGGGAGGACCAGUCCAUUCUAUGCACGGGUGAGUCUGGAGCAGGGAAGACAGAGAACACUAAGAAGGUGAUCCAGUACCUGGCACAUGUGGCCUCCUCGCACAAGACCGGCACUCUUGGCAGGAGCAAAGAGGCCGCCCUGCAGAUGGAUGGCACCAGGUCCCUGGGCCGUGGGAGUUCUGUGAACAGGAGCGUGCAGUAUGGGGAGCUGGAGAGACAGUUGCUGCAGGCCAACCCCAUCCUGGAGGCCUUUGGCAACGCCAAGACCGUCAAGAACGACAACUCCUCCAGAUUUGGCAAAUUCAUCCGCAUUAAUUUCGAUGUGGCGGGAUAUAUUGUUGGUGCCAACAUUGAGACCUACCUUCUGGAGAAGUCUCGUGCUAUCCGCCAGGCCAAGGACGAGAGGACUUUCCACAUUUUCUAUCAGCUGCUAUGUGGAUCAACAGAGGCUAUGAAAGCUGAUCUUCUAUUGGGUACUGCUGAGCAGUACCGGUUCCUUAGUGGCGGCUCGAUUCCAGUUCCGGGCCAGAGCGACGCGGAGAACUUCACCCAGACCAUGGACUCAAUGGCCAUCAUGGGCUUCACCCCGGAGGAGAUGACAGGCAUGAUGAAGGUGAUCUCCUCCGUGCUACAGUUUGGGAACAUCACCUUCCAGAAGGAGAAGAACACGGACCAGGCGUCCAUGCCUGACGACACGGCGGCCCAGAAGCUUAGCCACCUGCUGGGCAUCAGCGUGGUGGAGUUCAGCCGGGCCAUCCUCACUCCACGCAUCAAAGUGGGCAGGGAGUAUGUACAGAAGGCCCAGACCAAAGAACAGGCUGACUUUGCGGUGGAGGCGCUGGCCAAGGCUACGUACGAGCGUCUGUUCCGCUGGCUAGUGCACCGCAUCAACAGAGCGCUGGACCGUCGCCAGAGACAGGGAGCCUCUUUCAUCGGCAUCCUGGACAUCGCCGGCUUCGAGAUCUUCCAGCUGAACUCGUUUGAGCAGCUGUGCAUCAACUACACCAACGAGAAGCUGCAGCAGCUGUUCAACCACACCAUGUUCAUCCUGGAGCAGGAGGAGUACCAACGCGAGGGCAUCGAGUGGAACUUCAUCGACUUCGGCCUCGACCUGCAGCCCUGCAUAGACCUCAUUGAAAGGCCGGCUCACCCUCCAGGUGUGCUGGCCCUGUUGGACGAGGAGUGCUGGUUCCCACGGGCGACGGACCGUACGUUCGUUGACAAGCUGUCGGCCGAGCAGGGCUCGCAUUCCAAGUUCCACAAGCCGAGACAGCUCAGGCAGGAGGAGGCCGACUUCUCCAUCAUCCACUACGCCGGCAAGGUUGACUAUAAGGCAGAUGAUUGGCUGGUGAAGAACAUGGACCCCCUGAAUGACAACGUGGCCUCUCUUCUCCACCAGUCUUCUGAUCAUUUCAUCUCUGAGCUGUGGAGAGAAGAGGUUCAGACUCUUCCUCGUGUUUACUUUUUCGACUCCUACGCCACCCUGCAGACUAACGGCUCAGACAUGGAGAGGAUUGUGGGAUUGGACCAGGUGGGCAGUGAGAGCAGCGGAUCGGUCAAUUUCGGCGCCGCCGGCCUGAAGACCAAGAAGGGCAUGUUCCGCACGGUGGGCCAGCUCUACAAGGAGUCCCUGACCAAGCUGAUGGCCACGCUCCGCAACACCAACCCCAACUUCCUGCGCUGCAUCAUCCCCAACCACGAGAAGAGGGCAGGUAAGCUGACUCCUCACCUGGUUCUGGACCAACUCAGGUGUAACGGUGUUCUAGAGGGAAUCCGUAUCUGCAGACAGGGAUUCCCCAACCGCAUCCCCUUCCAGGAGUUCAGACAGAGAUAUGAGGUCCUCACUCCUAAUGCAAUCCCUCGCACAUUCAUGGAUGGAAAACAGGCCUGUGAACUCAUGAUCAGUGCUUUGGAGCUGGACCGGAACCUGUUUCGCGUGGGUCAGAGUAAAGUGUUCUUCCGGGCCGGAGUGUUGGCACACCUGGAGGAGGAGAGGGACCUGAAGAUCACGGACACCAUCAUCCGCUUCCAGAGCGCCGCCCGAGGAUACCUGGCCAGGAGGGCCUUCCUGAAGAAGCAGCAGCAGCUCAGUGCUCUGAGGGUGAUGCAGAGGAACUGUGCAGCCUACCUGAAGCUACGCAACUGGCAGUGGUGGAGACUCUUCACCAAGGUGAAGCCGUUGCUGCAGGUGACGCGUCAGGAUGAGGAGAUCCAGGUGCGUGAGGCAGAGCUCCAGAAAGCCAAAGACAAGCUGACCAAAGCGGAGACGGACUUCACUGACCUGGAGCGGAAACACCAGCAGCUGGUGGAGGAGAAGGCGGUGCUUACCGACCAGCUGCAGGCAGAGGCGGAGCUAUUCGCAGAGGCCGAGGAGAUCCGCGCCCGAUUGGCCAGCAGGAAGCAGGAGCUGGAGGAGGUUCUGGGUGAGCUGGAGGCCCGAUUGGAGGAGGAGGAGGAGAGGGGCGGGCAGCUGACCAAUGAGAAGAAGCGACUGCAGCAGAAUGUGCAGGACCUGGAGGAGCAGCUGGAGGAGGAGGAAGGGGCUCGACAGCGCCUCCUCCUGGAGAAGGUUACCCUGGAAACCAAAGUCAAGAGCCUGGAGACCGAGGUCCUCAAUGUAGGGGAACAGAGGGACCGACUGAGCAAGGAGAAGAAGCAGCUGGAGGAGAGGCUAAGUGAGGUGGCUGACCAGCUGACAGAGGAGGAGGAGAAGGUCAAGAGCCUGAACAAGCUAAAGAACAAGCAGGAAGCUGUCAUCGCUGACCUAGAGGAGCGCCUGAAGCGCGAGGAGCAGGGUCGUCUGGAGCAGGAGAAGUGGAAGAGGAGGAUGGAGAGUGAGUCGGUGGAGGCCCAGGAGCAGCUCUCUGAUCUGGGCAUGCUGGCAGCAGAGCUCCGGGGGAGUCUGGCUCAGAAGGAGAAGGACAUCACCACCAUACAGGGCAGGCUGGAGGAGGAGGGUGCUCGGCGUGCGGAGGCGCAGCGUGCCCUGCGGGAGGCGCUGUCCCAGGUGUCGGAGCUGAAGGAGGAGGUGGACAACGAGCGGGGCAUGCGGGAGCGGGCCGAGAAGCAGCGCCGGGACCUGAGCGAGGAGCUGGAGGCGCUCCGCACCGAGCUGGAGGACACACUGGACACCACCGCUGCCCAGCAGGAGCUCAGGUCUCGUCGUGAGGCUGAGUUGGGCGAGCUCCAGAGAUUGGUGGAGGAGGAGACACGUCGCCAUGAGGCCCAGGUCUCUGAACUCCGCCUGAAACACAGCACCACCAUCGACUCCCUACAGGAGCAGCUGGACAACAGCAAGAGGGCGCGCCAGUCUCUGGAGAAGUCCAAGGCGGUGCUGGAAGAGGAGCGGGCCAGCCUGUCUGCGGAGCUGAAGAUGGCCCAGGGGGGGAGGAUGGAGAGCGAGCGGAACCGCAAGCGAGCAGACAGCCAGCUCCAGGAGCUCAACGCACGCCUCGUGCAGGCCGACAGAGAGAGGGACGAGAGGGAGGAGAGGGUGCACAAACUACAGGCGGAGAUCGAGUCUAUGAUUGGUUCCCUCUCGGGCGCCGAGUCCAAGUCCGUCCGUAUGUCCAAAGAGGUUAGCAGCCUGGAGAGCCAGCUCCGUGAUGCACAGGAGCUGCUGCAGGAUGAGACCCGGCAGAAGCUGUCCCUGGGCUCCCGCAUGCGGGCGCUGGAGGAGGAGAAGGCCAGCCUGGUGGAGAGGGUGGAGGAGGAGCAGGAGAGGAACAAAGAGCUCACCCGCCAAAUCCAGGCCACCAUGCAGCAGCUGGCGGAGCUGAAGAAGCAGUCGGAGGAGCUUUCGGGGACGGCAGAGGCGGGAGAGGAGACGCGUAGGAAGAUGCAGCGCGAGCUGGAGAACGCCCUGCAGAGGGAGCGGACGAAGGAGGAGGAGAAGGAACGCGUGGAGCGCCAGAGGGACCGGCUGAGGGAGGAGAUCGAGGACAUGACCCUCGCCCUGCAGCGGGAGAGACAGAACUGCUCAGCCCUGGAAAAGAGGCAGAAGAAGUUUGACCAGUGUCUAGCGGAGGAGAAGUCGGUGAGCGCCCGCCUGGCGGAGGAGCGCGACCGCGCGGAGGCGGAGAGCCGUGAGAAGGAGACGCGCUUCCUGUCGGUGUCGCGCUCGCUGCAGGAGGCCGCUGAGCAGAGGGACGAGCUGGAGCGGGUCAACAAGCAGCAGCGCCUGGACAUGGAGCAGCUGGUCAACCAGCAGGACGACGUGGGCAAGAACGUGCAUGAGUUGGAGCGCUGCCGGCGCUCGCUGGAGUCGGAGGCGCAGACGCUGCGGGAGCAGACGCAGGAGCUGGAGGAGGAGCUGGCCGAGGCGGAAAACGCCCGUCUGCGGCUGGAGGUCACCCUGCAGGCCCUGCGCGCCCAGUUUGAGAGGGAGAUCAGCGCCGCCGAGGAGAAGGGAGAGGAGAAGAGACGCGCGCUCAACAAACAGGUGCGUGAGCUGGAGGUGCAGCUGGAGGAGGAGCGGACCCAGAGGGCUCAGGCCCAGACCACCAAGAAGCAGCUGGAGGCUGAGCUGCAGGAGGCGGAGGCUCAGGUGGAGACAGCCAAUAGGGGACGGGAGGAGGGCCUGAGACAACUCCGCCGCCUACAGGCUCAGAUGAAGGAGAUUCUGCGCGAGCUGGAUGAGUCUAAACUGUCUCGUGACGAAGUCCUCGCCCAAUCAAAAGACAGUGACAAGCGCUUGCAGGCUCUGGAGGCUGAGCUGGCUCAACUUACUGAGGAAUUGGCUAUUUCAGAGAGAGUGAAGAGGCAGGCCCAGCAGGAGAGAGAUGAGAUGGCAGAUGAACUCCUCAACGGCAGCACUGAAAAGUCUGCAUUAAGUGAUGAGAAGAGGCGUUUGGAAGCCAGAGUGACCCAGCUGGAAGAGGAGUUGGAAGAGGAGCAGAGCAACGCAGAGCUGCUGGCCGAGAGACAAAGGAAGACCACACUACAGGUGGAGACGCUGACAGUGCAGCUGGCGGGCGAGCGAACGCUGGUGCAGAAGGCCGAGGGGGCGCGUGAUGCGUUCGAGCGCCAGAACAAAGAGCUGAAGUCGCGUCUGGGCGAGAUGGAGGGAGCCGUCAAGGGCAAACACCGCCUCAGCGUCGCCGCCCUGGAGGCCAAGGUGGACGCCAUGGAGGAACAGCUGGAGCAGGAGAGACAAGAGCGAGCAAUGGCCAACAAACUGGUGCGCAAGACGGAGAAGAAGCUCAAGGAGGUGAUGAUGCAGGCCGAGGACGAGAGGAGACAUGCAGACCAGUACAGAGAGCAGCUGGAUAAGUCGAUGGUGCGUCUGCGUCAGCUGAAGCGUCAGCUGGAGGAGGUGGAGGAGGACAACUCGCGCUCCAACGCCCAGCGCAGGAAACUCCAGCGCGAGCUAGAGGAGAUGAGUGACAGCAGCCAGACUAUGACUAGAGAGAUCACCACGCUACGUAGCCAGCUCAGCGUGCCAGAAUGGAGACCUGAAAUACGCGCUGCCCUGCCCCUCUCCAUGCGUGCCGGACGGCGUGCACUGGUGGACGACCUCUCUCUGGAGAACUCUGACUCGGAAGAGCCCCCCGCCUCCCCCACCCCAUCCACGGGCCCCCCAGGAACCCCCACACCCUCGGAGCACAGCCUGGGGCCCCCGCCCCCCUACACUGUCAACGACGCCGAGUGAGAGAGGCAGGCCCACCUCCGCAGUGCCAGGCCCGCUGCAGGACAGAAACGAACCGAACACUGCGGCAGCCUCCACGCCACCAGAGGCAAAGCCGCAGUCAGACGGACGUCAAAGGCCAAUCAACAAAAGAAGAACCCAAUUCGGAUUCAAAAACAGGCGCAAGAUUAAUUGGUGGCAGUGUAAAAUAAUGACAUGACAAAAAGAACUACAAUUUGACUUUUUGGGGGACUACACCUCCCAGAGGAACCCAAUAAAGCCCGGUGGUAAUGCAGUGCAUUAGGCGCCCAGUGGCAGCACGGAGACAGCUUCUCUACCUAAGCGCUUGUUCAGUCCUACUAAGCGUCUCUAAGGGCAAUCUGCAUGUUUAUUAAGGCAAUCAGCUGUACAAGUGAUAACAUGGUCAUACUUCAUCUUAAAAAAAGAGUCCAGGGUCCCGUGAAAGCAGGCUGCCCUCUCAGUAUUACGUGUUCACCGCGGGCCUGAGAAAUGAAUCAUUUAUCUACCUGAACCUGUACCUUUUCUCUUUCUCACUUUCAUAGAACUAUGCGUCUUCUUGACGCCUAUCAGUUAGAUGAAGAAGCAGAAGGAAUUUUCUGUUUUGAAAAAUCCACUGAAGUAUUUAUGAGCAGGAUCGAAAUCAAUUUGUACGAAAAUUUUAUUUGGAAACCUGAAACGCACAUGUACGGUAUUAUAAGCCAUAAUGCACUGGCACUGCAUAUUGGUGCAAAUGUAGGUCAGCUGAGUGAGUAUGUGAGAAAGAGAAAUAAGAACACGUUUACUGUGAUAAAGUUAUAUGCAUAAAUCAAUAACAAAGCCAAGAGUUACUUUAUAAGAACAUAUUCUGGUAAUAUUGAGCCUAAGUCAACUCUGGAACUACAGUAUAUAUAGAUGACCAUAUGGCUUCCCUCGAGCGCUUUCAUGUCGAGCAUAUAAACUUGUUUCUGCUGUCUUCACCCAGUGACCACGGUAACGCAUACUGAGGCCUCGUCCAUUAGAUAGGAUAGGAAGACUAGGUACUGUAGAGGGACAGGUCAUAUAGAUAGAUCUCUAGCUAGAAUAAUUCCUUAACAUAUGUCUUAACAUAACCGCCUCUCAUUCGGGCAGGCAGGAUCAAUGUCAUUCAUACGUCAGUCAGUCUGUGGUUUUCUAACCCAAGGUACAAUGUGUGUAUUUAUUUAUGCUUUCUGUUCUUCUGUGUCUCUGGGCUGUGCUGACGUCCUCUACCAUAAGAUCUGCCCGAAGUGUGCUGCUGUAGCUUAUCCUCCAGGGCGGCGCUGUUAGAUGCUGCUGUCUGGGGUAGGGACAGGAGGGAGAGGGCAGUAGAAUCCUAUCAGGCUGGGGGUCACAGAGCAGCUCGGUGGGGAUUCGGCUCGGCACAGGUGUGUGGUGAAGCAGGUGAGGUGACCCUGUGGAGGUGAGGGAUCUCUGCUAGUAGGUAGGGAGGGAGGCACCCAGCCUGAGAGACUGAUUAUCAGCAGGAGAUGAUGACCAGGAUACGGAGAGCAGCUGACUCCGGAACUGAUAUGGCUCAGAUCAGGGCCACAAGAUCCGGAUCUAAUGCAGUUCAGAUCAUGCAGACAUACAUGUAACCAGAUGUUAGGGCCCAUACAUGUAACCAGAUGUUAGGGCCCAUACAUGUAACCAGAUGUUAGGGCCACGUCCGUCCCAGACUCCAUUCAGACGUGGCCCAGAUGUGGGCAUAAGGUAUGAGCUACACCAGGCGCGUAACUGAAACGUUCCGUUCGCGACGCGUAAAAUCCAUUUUAGAUGAAUGGUCUAUUUUUGUUCGAAAGUACGCCCCACUGUCACGUCUGGUGUAGCUGCUUCCAUUGAUUAUAAUGGAAGCUAAUUGUUGCAGCAGACGCAACGCGAACGGAGCGCUUCACUUACGCGCCUGGUGUAGCUCAGCCCUAAGGCUCCCCAGAGUCAGCUGCUCUUUGUUGUAGGUCAGUUUAAGUCUCACAGUGCUGUGAGAUGAGGGUUUGUGUGGAUCGAAAAUCUAAAUGUCAAAAUAAAGGUCUGAAUCUUUUAAUAAUCUGUAUCAGAGACUGCUAGCCAUUCUCAUUACAACCAUAUCAUAAAUGUAAAGGUCUUGUUCUUCUUAUCAAACGGACGUAAUGUACAAUGUAAUUUUUUUAAUGAUGUAAAAUAUUUAUGGAGUAAAGCUUUUUUUGUUUUGUUUUGUUUUACCAAAUAUCAGGCGCAUGGAUGAGAAAAAGGGACAAACAGAUAGACGACGGUAGGAUAGACUAGCGACUGUAGACUAGUGUGGCAUUACUGGAGAUGUAUAGAAGAAAGAUUCUAUUUCCCAUUUUGGAACAUCCUUUGCUCUUUCCAUGCAAAAGCCCCCUUGUUUUUACCAAGUGUUUUCAUAGAGGUCACAAAGACCCUCAGUGCUCAUUUCCUGCCGCGAUGAACCCUGAAUGGUGCCCCUCUCUGAGCCAGAGAGAUAGAGUAGCUUUAUAUAUGUAGGUUAGUGACGAACGUUUAGUACUUGAUGCCCAGCAGAGAAGGAGAGUAAGAGAGACCCACGUUCCUGAUUGUGUAAAGUUAGAAGGGAUAAGACUGUUCUUGGCACAUUAAUGCAAUGUGUUAGCUUUAACUGGUGACAAGAAGUCCUGAUUGUGUUAUCAGUUCAAGCAUGCUGGCCUCCCGCUAGCCCCCUGUCCAUGGCUCUACGCCUCUCGAUUGUCAUUCCUAUCCAUUUACUCAGUCCUUGAAGCUGUAGCAUUUUAUUCCUUUUACAUGAAGUCACAACAUAUCAGACAGUGCUUCAUCAAGAGUGACUCUCUUGUCAGCUUGUUUCCUUUAUUAUAAAUUAGAUUAAUUGAAUGGUUCUCCCUGAAGACAGCCCUUCAUAUCUUUAGGCAGGGGACAGUCAGGGCCAUGUGUGUGUGCUGGCCAAGGCUAAGAGUGGUCUGUUUCACUUCAAAUUCCAUUAAAACUGUUCAACUGCAGUUGCCUCGAGUUGAUAUGAGCCUGACCUUUGACCCCUGGCUCAGUGUGUCUGGGGGACGAACACAGUAGUGUCACAAUAGUCUCAGAAGGAGCCUUAUAGGCCAGCAUCACAUCAUAGGCCCAGGACUGGUCACUGCCACAAGGCACUUUGUGAGUGUAGACAGUUCCCCCUAAUGAGAGGAGGAUGAAGUGCAUUAAUUGAUCUCUACUGUAAAGCUUUGCACUAAAACAAGUGAAAGUGUUGUGGCAACGCUUCUGUAACCUUUUCCUGUGUCUUAUGUUUUAAUGUUAUCCUGCUUUACUUUGUACAGCCCGGCCCAGUUCUUACUUUGUGUCAAGAAUGUCUGAUCGCUGAAAUUGACACUCGUCUUACACACUCAUGGACAGUGGAGCAGCCCUGGUAUGGGUCAGCUUCAUUGGCGUUCGAUCACUGGUUUAUAAUGCAGUGUACCAUGAUGUAAUACUCUGAUUAAAAGUUUUUUCUCUGA